AUGCAUGCUCCGGAAGAGCCGCAUCCUAAUGGAGAAGGUUACCCAAUUGCCUAUACCCCCCAUGGCAGAGAAAGACCGGAUAAUCAGCGAAUAAAUAAAAGUGAUGAAUUGAAAGGACGUUCUGUGGAGACUGGAAUGUAUACUAGCCAUACGAACCCGGCCCCGCCACGGGACGUUGGCCUGAGCCGCUGGCCAUUGCCAGUUCUAGGAUGA